AUGAAAUGUCUCGACACUUUGCUCAAAAGAUCGAGUUUGAGGAUAAUGACGGGCAUAACAAGCUGUCGAUGCGCGUCUGAUGGACCCGCGGAUGGUCGUCCAAAUCCGGCUUUCGACCACUUGCCAUGGGAAAAGCUGUCGAAAAUGAUCAAGGAGACGGAGCUCACGAAAGAUGAGGAACGAUUGAUGCAGCGAUAUAGAGAUUGGCCAGCUGACAAAACGAUCCAAAUCCAGCAAAAGUUCUGCUACUACCGGAAGCUGUACCUGAACUGCGAAUCGGAUCCAUCGCGCUCGCUCGUCGUGCACUAUGAUGACAACAACAAGGUUACCUUUUAUGAGGAUCAAUUGAUUGGGACCCUUUAUGCGAUCUUAUGGGGACUUCACACUGGUCAGCAGCUGAUUAAAAUCGUAAAUUCGAAGCUAGAAGUCUGCGACUAUUUGCGAAAAAGCAAGGCACCGCCGGCCAAAAGUCCCGAGAUUGUGCUUUUGUUGAGAAGCUUGCUCAACCCGACGAUCGACAAUCCGCCAUUUCAGGUGAGACUCAUGCACAAGGACUACGAUCUGGGCUUUAAAGACAAACCGCCUUACACUCCAUUCUUUUUUAAAGAAAGCGUUUUUCUUGAUACGACGAUGCCUGCCUGGGAUUUGAUCAAACAGGUCACCGAAAAAGGUUUUGACGACAUUCCUGCGUUGGAAAAACGAUUUGCGAAGGCAAAGGCUUCAUCGAAGAAAUCAUUAGUUAACUUU